CUCUUUUAUCCAUCCACACAUCUCCACCGUUAUUCGCUUCAUCAUCUUCACAUCAACCUUCAGGUCAUCGAUUAUCCCGUCACUCUCGACGCUCAUCUUUGGAUCUCCCUCUUCCUCUUCCUCCGCGCCUGGCGUGCGCGCUCUGAACAUUCAAAUCUCGCUUGCCGAGUCCUAAUCCCAACGCACAUUCCCCCCACGCCAUCCUUCGCCUACCAUGAUGGGCUCUCAAUUCCGCGUGGCUCAGAAGGAUAUUGAGCUGGCCCAGCCUCCCACCGACUCGGUCUCCAAAAUCGACUUUUCCCCAACGCAGGAUGUCCUCGCCGUUGCCAGCUGGGACAACAAUGUGCGGCUGUACAACGUCUCCAACCAGGGGCAGAACGAGCCCAAGCACAUGUACAACCACGACGCACCGGUGCUCGACAUCUGCUGGACCAAGAAUGGUUCACAUCUCUUCUCGGCCGGAUGUGACAAUGCUGUGCACAUGUUUGACAUGACCUCGAUGCAGAAGCAACAGGUGGCGGCGCACGACGCACCCGUCAAGUGCGUGCGCUACAUAGAGGUCAAUGGACAACAGGUGCUCGUGACUGCGGGCUGGGACAAGAAGAUGAAGUACUGGGACCUGCGUUCGUCAAACCCCAUGAAUGUGCAAGAUCUGAGCGACCGCGCGUAUGCCAUGGACGCGACCGAGAAGAUAGCCGUCGUUGGCACCGCCGACCGGCAAAUUCAUAUCUACGACCUCUCGAACCCAUUCACGAAGUACCGUCAGGUGGAGUCGCCACUCAAGUGGCAGACGCGUGUCAUCUCGUGCUUCCCACAGUCGGUGACUGGUGAGAAUGGUUACGCUAUCGGCAGUAUCGAGGGGCGAGUGGGAUUCCAGUACACACACACGAACGACGACAAGAAAAGCUUUUCGUUCAAGUGCCACCGAGUUGACAUUCCCGCGGGGAGCAUGGGAGCGCCUGCGACAACUGGGUCACAGAACGUAUUCCCUAUCAACACCAUCACUUUCCACAAGAUUCAAGGCACAUUCUGCACUGGUGGUGGUGACGGUUCCAUUACUUUUUGGGAUGGUGUUGCGCGCACCAAGCUUAAGACGUUCUCGGCCAAGGACCUCCAGAACGGCGACACUGAGGCACGGCCACCAGUAUGGGGCACACCAAUUGUGUCUACCGCGUUUAACCACACUUGCGAUAUCAUGGCGUACGCCAUGUCGUAUGACUGGUCCAAGGGCCACGGCGGCGCAGCCCCCGCGGGCACCAAUCCGACCAAGAUCAUGCUGCACAUGGUCAAGCCCGAUGAGGUGACGCGCAAGAAGAAGUAGAUGACCACACUGCGCGAUGGCCGCUGAUGGCGCGAGUGGGUGUGCUGUAGACCAUUUGAUGUUAUGUACGAGUUGCAUUAUG